AUGUCUAUUGAGAAAUCGAUAGAAUGGAUAGAAAAAUGUAUAGUGGAUAAGCACAUAAAAUAUUACGAUUAUGAUAAAUUUAUAGAGAAAGAAGAAAUAGGUAAAGGAGCAUUUGGCAAAGUUUAUAAAGCUAAAUAUGGUGAAAAAUAUUUUGCAUUAAAAUCAUUUAGUUCAGACAAAUUUACUACCAUGGAAAAGAUUGUUAACGAGUUGAAAUUACAUCGAGAAGUAGAUUUUUAUGAUUAUAUAAUACGUUUUUGUGGAAUAACUAGAACCAAUUCAGGAAUAAUACACAGAGAUUUACAUUCAAGCAAUGUACUUAUGCAUCAAGGUUCAAUAAAAUUAGCGGAUUUUGGAUUAAGCAAACGUAUUGAAGAAAGUACUGGAGUUGAGUCAAAAUUAUUUGGUGUAAUCCCAUAUAUUGACCCAAAAGGAUUUGAAAGAGUCACUUCACUAAGAGGAGGAAGGCCUAUCUCAAGAAAAUACAAAUUGGAUAAGAAAAGUGAUGUUUAUAGUGUGGCUAUGGAAAUUUCAAAAGGAUUGAGAGAAGAUAUUAUAGAAGGAACAUCUGAAAAAUAUUCUAACCUUUACACGAAAAUUAAAAGCAUUGAUUUGAAAACAUCUGAGAAUGAUAUACCUCCUAGUAAAACACUAUUAGAAUCAAAUCAUGUUACAACGACUGAAUUAUCCAGGAUUAUGAAUGGAAGUUUAGGAAGGUUUGUAAGUAAAACCGACCUUACUUUUGAAUCAGAAGUAGGAAUAACUGUAGCAGCAGAUCCAAUAAAUGUAAUAAUUAUGAAUAGAGUAAACGUAAACGAGGCAGUUGCACCUUUCUUACCUCUUGUAACAACGAUAACUACUUUAACAAAAGAGAUAUCGUACGCUUAUGAGAAUGUUCAAUAUAAUAAAAAAACUUGUGGUGCAUUAGUAACCACAUUCGAAGCUGUAGAAUUUACGAUUAAAGGAUUAAUAAGGCAAAAAGAGAAUAAUAUUAUGAAAUUUUGCAGUCAAAGUUAUUACAAUUCCUUUUGUAAAUUAGUAAAUUGUUUAAACCAAAUUAAACAAUUUUUUGAUGAUAUUUCCCAAUUAUUAGGAUUUAAAAAAUUUAUUUCAAGUAGGAAUAUUGAAGAAACCUUUGAGAAGAUUCUUAAAGACUUUGAUAAUUGUUCAAAACAUUUAAGGUUGGCUAGGUCCAUUACAAAUGAACAAUUGAUUUCAAUUUUAAAUUCUGAUCUUAUAGAGAUGAAGAUGUUUUUAGAUAAUAUUGAAGGUGGUAUUACAUAUUUGGUCAAUAAUAGAAAAACUAACGACAAUUCCACCGAAUUUAGACUAAAUAAUAAUAACAUCGUUAUUAAAAUUAAUAACAUUGAAGAGCAGAAUCAAAAAAUCAUUGAACAAAACAACGAACUCUUAGAAUACAAAAACACAAAUAAAACGUUUAACUUUGCUCAACUCAAUGGUGAAAUUGAUACGAUUCGCUAUCUGAAUCAAUGUUCAAAAUCUGAAAUUGAUAUUAAUGGACAAACUGAACUUAAUGGACAAAUUGAACCUUCGGAAUUGAAAUAUACUGCAGAGCCAGUUUCGCGUAAAGGUAAAAAGGUAGCGGUUUUGAAAAAAAUUUAUAAAGAAAAAUACGUUGCUUGUAAAUACUUUUCUACGGACAAGAUGAACCAAAGGCAUCUUGCUAUUUUGAGAAAAUUGAAAGCUUGUCCAUACAUUAUUCAAUUUUAUGGACUAUCAAGAUUAGAUACAAGCGAUGUAAUGGUUUUUGAAUGGGCCGAAUACGGAACUUUAUGCGAAUUAUAUCAGAAUUAUAUUAUUGGAUGGGAUGCAAAGAUUUCUUUCGCAAGAGAUAUCUGUCGUGGGUUGAUUUUUUUGCAUACAGUGGAGAUAUUGCAUCAUGAUAUUAGGUGUGAGAACGUGCUAAUUACCGAAAAAAUGCAACCCAAACUAUGCAAUUUCAAAUUCUCUCGUAAAUUUAAUGCUGCCACCAGUCAAAUAGAUGAUAUGAAUGCUAUAGUUCAUUGGUUGGCUCCUGAAAAAUUAGAAAAUAUAUCUGAACUUGGCUUUCAGAAAAAACCAUAUGAAAAUAUGAACAUAACUGAGAUACAAAAGCAUGUUCAAAAAGGUGAUCGAGAAAAGUUUGACUCUAUAUCGCGUCCUGAUCCGAUUCAAACAGAGUAUUGUGAAAUUAUUAACCUUGGUUGGGUACAAGAACCAUCAUUACGUCCAGGAACUCAAAAAAUUUUCAAUAUGCUACAAGAAUUAUAUGAAAAACAUAUUUUAAAGAAUUCUGAUGAGGAUAAACCAAAUUUCUCAAUUCCAGUUCAUAAUUCUAUUAUACCAAUAACUCCAUUCAAGGAAGGUUUGGUGGCUCAUAAAAAAAAAAAUUAUGAAAUGGCUUGGAAAUGUUUUGAAGAGCAUGCAAAUGUUGGAGAUAUGUUGGGAAAAUACUGGCAAGGGUAUUAUUAUUUAGAAGGAAGGUACGUUGAAAAAAAUCUCGCGAAGGCCAAAGAAUUAUUUAAAGAAUCUGCUGAUGGUGGAAAUGCAGAUUCUCAAUUACGUUACGCUUUUUGUUUGAUUGAUAAGGAAAAUGAACAUAUUGAUUGUACCAAGUUUUUAAAAUAUUUAAAAAUGUCGGCCGAUAAUGAUAAUUCCACUGCUCUUUAUAAUCUUGGUGAAAUAUAUUUACGUGGUAGGUUGGGUAUUGAAAAGGAUCAUGACAAGGGAGUUCAAUAUUUAAAAUUGGCUGCUUUAAAAGGUCAACAGAAAGCAAUAGAUACCUUAACCGUUAUUAAUAAUAAUUUGUCUAAUUAA